UCGGUUCGAGCCAGGCGCUCUUUUCCAUGGCUAAGGAACGCGCGCUAUCACGUCUCGUGCUACUCUCGACCGCGAUUGGAUUUCUGACCGUGUCAGCUGAUUACUUAGAAAAUCCAAAAUUCAGUGCCCCCAUCACGAAUGUGACAGUGCCAGUCGGGAGGGAGGCAAUCCUUUCAUGUCUAGUUGAAGACUUAGGGCAAUUUAAGGUCGCCUGGCUGAGGGUGGACACCCAAACAAUCCUGACGAUACAUAAUCACGUGAUCACCAAAAACCACAGGAUAGGUGUGACCCAUAGCGAGCACAAAACAUGGUAUCUGCAUAUAAAGGAGGUGCGGGAGAGCGACCGGGGCUGGUACAUGUGUCAAAUCAACACCGACCCCAUGAAAAGUCAGGUCGGCUAUUUAGAUAUAGUGGUGCCCCCCGACAUCUUAGACCACCAGACUAGCACCGACUUGGUGGUGCGUGAAGGAUCAAAUGUUAAUCUCCGUUGUGUGGCAAAAGGAUCUCCCGAGCCAUCGAUCAUGUGGAGGAGAGAGACUGGAGAAGCUAUAAAAUUACAGUCCGGUGAAGAAGUGCUGAGCGUUGAAGGGCCCGUAUUAAAUAUAACCCGGGUGAGCAGGCAACAAAUGGGCCCUUACCUGUGCAUCGCUUCGAACGGCAUUCCACCCUCUGUAAGCAAGCGCAUCAUGCUCAUCGUGCACUUUCCGCCAAUGAUAUGGAUUCAAAACCAACUAGUCGGAGCAUACGAGGGUCAACAGAUAACCUUAGAUUGCUACUCUGAGGCCUUCCCCAAGUCUAUUAACUACUGGACCACUGAUAAAGGAGAAAUCGUUCCCCAGAGUGGGAAAUUUGAACCUUCCUACGUAACAAAUGGAUACAAAAUCCACAUGAAAUUGACAAUAAAGUCAAUAUCCCCUGAUGAUUAUGGAAAUUACAAAUGCGUAUCAAAAAAUUCUUUGGGAGAGACUGACGGUACAAUUCAAACUUUUUCUGUUCCUAAGCCAUCAAAACUUUCAAAUGGAUUAUCAAGGAAAGACUUGGAGGAUCAACCGGAUUCCUUGUUUCAAGAGGACAAUUCUUUAAAUUCAGCCAGACAACUGAAAUCACAUUUAAGUGUUUUAACCUUUUUCUUCCUGCUGUUGCCUUUCUCCUUGUAACAACUGUCUUUAUAAAUUUUUGUACAUAAAAAUUAGCGAGAGUUUAGUAAAUGACGAUUUUUAUAUUUUUUCAUAAACUAAAACUGUAAAUUGCUUUGCGCAAAACUGUUAUCAAGGGGAGAAUCCCAGGUAAUGCAACACAACGGUUGAUAUUGAGAACAGUGUUUAAACGAAAUUAGUUAAUCUGCCGCAAAGGAAAUGCAUUUAGGUGGCUAAUUGCAGAAAAGUUAAUUUGGUUACAACGAAAACUACCGUUUCCCCGAGGUCUAGACCAAUAAAAAUGGAGGCGUUUGGAAUAAUUUGAGUUUAAUUAAAUUAAAAAUGGCUUUCCUAUACGCAGUAACAAGUAGAAACAACGAAAUAAAACGUGCACGUUACUUCUGUUAAUUGAUUACCGGUAUCAUUGUAAAACAUAAUAAAAGUUUAUUUAGGUUUAUUGAAUUAUUGAUUUUUGAAAUAAUUUCAUUCGCUUGUUAUAACUGUGACGGUAAGCAAAUAAAUGAAACACAUAAUUUUAAUUAAAUUUGAAUACACACGUAUGUGAAUAUCGUAUUGAUUUUAAUAAACGCAUUAAAAAUGUUGAGGUUAAAUGGGGAAACAAAAUUUUGAUGAAAGUAUUUAGGCCAUCGUAUUAGAUUUCAAAAUUGCUCCUUGAUCUAAUUAAAUCCAAAAAACCCCUGUUCUGAUUAAUAUAAUUUCGUAACAUUCUUUAGUUGAAGAUUAAAAUCAUUGUUCCGAAUCACGCGAGGUAAACGUAAUUGUUGGGCACUUUGCCUAAAAAUUAUUCAAUAAAUACAAACGGCAAUUAGCUAACAAAACUAAUUUAUGUUGUACGGUAUUUUCUGAACCAAAUCAAAAUGUUUCGAAAGCGGAUUGAAUCCGAUCGACUCCCAGUUGGUGAAUGUUAAAAGCACAAAUGUAUGCGAUUAACACGCUCAGUAUUCAACGUGAACAACGAUAACAGUUUUGCUGAACGAUACAUUUCAAUAAUUUCGUUUGAAUUAGCGGCGACGACAGCUCUGGACUUUAUCAAUAUCUCAACGAACAUGCCAAAUAAAAUGUACUACGCAAUUCCUCUUGUGUGGUUUUAUGUUCCUCGAUACCUAUAGCAAACCCGAAGCCUAGCAAAUAAUUGAAGCAGUAAAUUUCCUAAGAAGAGUGUGUUUCUAACUGAAUUUAUGCAUUUGUUACGAAUAAAAUAAAAUUGUAAUUUUAAAGGACUCAUCAACAUAUCAUUUUCUUAAUAUCGAUGUGAAAUUAUAAUUUCGAUUUAAAUUAUAUAUAACCGGAACAGGGUCUUACGUAAAAGAAGGCGAAAUUGAUUGUAUGUUUUGGUUAAACCUGUAAUUGUGCUUGUAUAAUGUGAAAAUUUUGUAAAUAUAAUCGAUAAUGUUUAGAGAUGCUUCCUUAUAUAUUGCUUUGAAGUAGGAUAUACAGUUUAAGUUGAUAGAUUUACAAUAUUGUAAACAUUCCAUUUUAUAUUACGAAAAGCUGUCUAAUAAAUAAUAGUUUUGUACAUA